ACGGGCGACCGUGUUAACUGAAGGCUUUCGGCCGAACGGAAACGUAGCUGUCCUCGUUAAUGCCGCAUUGUUAAAUCAUUAUUUUUAAAUGUAUGUAUAUAUAUUUAUAUACGAUGUAUAUGAGAGGGUUUUUACAUUGCAUUGAAUAGUUAAACGAUGCGGCAUUCACGAGGGCAGCUGCGUGUUCUCGUUCACGCGUUCGGCUGAAGGUACCCCGUUAAACACGGUCGCCUGUUAAACCGUAACACCGGAAGAGCCGCGCGCAUCCUUCCCCCUUUUUUUUAAUUAUUUUUUACCUGCCAUGUUAAAACACAACACCGACACCGACACCGUCGAGGAUGAUUGUUUUUAUUUAACGACGCGUAUGUCAACACACCGGUGGCGGCCCACAACAUGACCGGGGAAACUGCAUCAUCACCACCUUCAUCUUCACCUUCAGAGCUGAAGAAUAUACACACCUGCAGGAAGUAGAAGGGGCAUUUUUUAAAGGAGCAUCCAGGGAUUUCUCUCCCCGACAAUAACACAGGUGUAACUGGAGAUGUGGAUAUCGUGUCCCGAGUGCCCCCGCGCCCCCUACCGGAGAUAAAGAUACCGAUAAGCACCGGGGUCGACGCGUCGCCAUGCACAGCUCUGCGCCCGACACGGUGGUCGGGCGCCCGGCGCCGGACAAAGCCGCCAACCCGGAGACGACCCUGGGGAGCGGCGCCUUCUCCCCCGUGGACUACAUGAGCAUCACCAGCUUCCCCCGGCUGCCGGAGCACGACGGCGCCGCCGGGGAGAACACGCCGAAGCCACGCAAAGAGGACGACGGCGUCCUGAGCGAGCAAGACGCAGACCCCGACGGGUUCAUGAAGCCGGGCCGCCUCCAGCGCAUCCCGUCCUCGGCCUCGGACCUGGCCAGCCACGAGGUCGCGUCCCUGCGCGAGACCUCCAGAGACCCCUUUAAGGAGGACUGCGCCUGCCAGAGGGACGGACUGACGGUCAUCAUCACGGCAUGCCUCACCUUCGCCACCGGGGUCACGGUCGCCCUCAUCAUGCAGAUCUACUUCGGGGACCCCCAGAUCUUCAACCAGGGCGCGGUGGUGACGGACGCGGCCCACUGCACGUCCCUGGGCUUCGCCGUCCUCGGUAAACAGGGCUCCAGCGUGGACGCCGCCAUCGCCGCCGCCCUCUGCCUGGGAAUCGUCCACCCGCACACGUCCGGCAUCGGCGGCGGCGGCGUGAUGUUGGUGCACGACAUCCGCAAGAACGAGACGAGGGUCAUCGACUUCAGAGAGACGGCGCCGUCCGCCCUCAACGAGGAGAUGCUGCAGGCCAGACUCCAGCUGGACCCCGGCCUGCUGGUGGGAGUCCCGGGCAUGCUCAGUGGGAUGCAACAGGCCCACCAGCUCUACGGCAGAAUGCCGUGGAAGGAUGUGGUUGCCAUGGCAGCAGAAGUGGCCAGAGAUGGAUUCAAUGUGACCCAUGACCUCGCUGAAGCUCUGGCUAAGGUGAAGGACCUGAACAUGUCGGAUGCGUUCCAGGACCUCUUCCUCCCCGGUGGCGAGGCUCUCCCGUCCGGGCUGCUGACCAGGCGGCUCGACUUGGCGGCCAUCUUGGACGCCGUCUCGGCCGAGGGGUUGUCCGAGUUCUACGGAGGAAACCUGACGCAGGAAAUGACAUCAGCAGUGCAAGCGAGAGGCGGCGUGCUCACCGAGGAGGACUUUGGGAACUACAGCACGGUGUUACAGCAGCCAGCGGAGAUCCUCUACCAAGGUCACCACGUGAUGGCGGCCCCGGCACCGCACGCGGGCGUCGCCCUGAUCGCCGCCCUCAACAUCCUGGAAGGCUACAACAUCACCAGCCAGGUGCCCAGAAACAGCACCCACCACUGGAUCGCGGAGGCGCUGAAGAUAGCCCUCGCCCUCGCCAGCGGACUGGGAGACCCCAUGUACGACGCUUCCAUCUCGGAGGUCGUCGCCAAGAUGCUGAGUAAAUCCCAGGCCUCCGUCCUCCGCCAGAUGAUCAACGACUCUCAGGCCUUCCCCGUCGCCCACUACGCGCCGUCUUUCACCUUGGAGACGGGUGCCGCCGCCGCCCAGGUGAUGGUCAUGGGCCCGGACGACCACAUCGUGUCUGUGAUGAGCUCCCUCAACAAACCGUUCGGCAGCGGCAUCGUGACUCCUUCAGGAAUCCUCCUGAACAGUCAGAUCCUGGAUUUCUCCUGGGCCAACAAAACGCCGGGCUCAUUGCCGAACCCGCAUAACAGCCUGCAGCCUGGGAAGAGGCCCAUGUCCUUCCUGAUGCCCACGGCAGUGAGGCCCGCCGUGGGCAUGUGCGGCACUUACGUGGCCGUGGGAUCCUCCGACGGAGAGAAAGCUCUCAGCGGCAUCACGCAGGUGCUGAUGAACGUCCUGUCUUCGCGUAAGAACAUGAGCGACAGCUUGGCGUACGGACGCCUGCACCCGCACCUGCAGCCCAACACGCUGCUGGUGGACUCCGAGUUCCAGGACGAAGACGUGGAGCUGCUGCAGGCCAAAGGUCACAAGGUGGAGCGGAGAGACGUCCUCUCAUUGGUGGAGGGCACCCGGAGGACCAAUGACCUCAUCAUAGGGGUGAAAGACCCCCGCAGCGCUGACGCCUCCGCCCUCACUAUGUCCAUCGUGCCCUAGUGCCCCCCCAAUAUUACCCCAUAAUCACACAUAAUUAAGUAGCGGUGCCGCUAUGUGAUCGAUGGUCAGUCAGACACGUGGAUCAUUUUAGCCGACGCACAGAAGCUCACCGGCAUCGAGCCUCCGGCCCCCGUCCCGUCCCGUCCGUGUGUCGUCGUUUCCCCCCCCCCCCCCCCCCCCCGUCACGCCGAGCGAGAAGUAACACAACCAUUUGCAUGUUCAGCUUUGCAACUCUCCCGCUUGCCUAGAAGAAACCCGAGAGGCGGAGCCAAACCCUCGCGCGGCGGCGUGUAACUGUUCGAUGUCGUCUGGUGCAGCCGCUGGAAGUUUUAACCCUCACCAUUUUCUUUUAUUCACACAAAGUGCAGAAUUAUACAUUUUGACGGGUCACCGGUUAAAUAUCACUAUCGCAUAUGUGUAUUUAAAUAUAUAAUUUAUUAAAUUUUAAGCUUGUCGCUUACGCAGGGAUACUUGUUUUUAGAACAGGAAUUAAUCUGAUUUAUUUACUGAUGGACUGAAUGUAAUGUCUGUUUUUAUAUGAACGUUUGUCAAGCUGUAUAAAAUUACAUAUAUAUAUAUAUAUAUAGUGAGUAAGAAGCUCCCUGUUACCCCGGUGGGGGCCAUGCUGACUGAUCAAAUGUUGUUGGGCACUCGUGCAAUAUGAUGACUGUGGAUGCUCGUUUCCUGUACUGUGGACAACCUUGAGGCGCACGCAUUGACACACCUGUUGUUUGUUUUCACGUGCAUUUGUAUCUGAUUUUAAUUGAUUUUAAAUCAGCACCGUUCAGACCCUAAGAAAUAAAAAAUAUUUGCACACAUCCCAA